AUGGAUCCACACAACCUGGCCAAGAUCCGAUGUCCCUGGCGCCACUAUCUCUUCGGGGUGCUGUUCCAACUGCUUUUGGCUCUGUGUUUCUUCUCUUACAUGCGUUGGUCCCAGGAAGAGCCCGUGUGGUCCUUCAUGUCCAGGACCAACACAGCAGAGUCUCCCACCACGGCUCCCAACGGGUCGGCAGGCCCAGUGACCUCCCAAGGGGCACCCUGCCAGGCCACCCGUGGGUCCUCUGCCCGCCGGCCCCUGCUGCUCCUGCUGUGGACAUGGCCAUUCCACAACCCUGUGGCUCUGUCCCCCUGCUCAGAUAUGUGGCCGGGCACGACCGACUGCCGGCUGACUGCCAACCGCAGCGUGUACCCUGAGGCGGACGCAGUCCUGGUGCAUCACCGAGAGGUCAGCUACAGGCCGAAGGAGCAGCUCCCGGCGUCCCCUCGGCCACCUGGCCAGCGCUGGGUCUGGUUCAGCAUGGAAUCGCCCAGCCACUGCGCUCAGCUGAAGGCCUUGGAUGGAUAUUUCAAUCUCACCAUGUCCUACCGCAGAGACUCGGACAUCUUCACGCCCUACGGCUGGCUGGAGCCAUGGCCGGGCCAGCCAGCCGCGCCCCUGGUCAACCUCUCGGCCAAGACCGAGCUGGUGGCCUGGGUGGUGUCCAACUGGAGGGAGGACUCGGUAAGGGUGCGGUACUACCACAAGCUGCAAGCUCACGUCCAAGUGGAUGUGUAUGGACAGCGCCACAAGCCUCUGCCGCAGAGGAACAUGAUCCAGACGCUGUCCCAAUACAAGUUCUACCUGGCUUUCGAGAACUCCUUGCAUCGCGACUACAUCACGGAGAAGCUGUGGAGGAAUGCCCUGGACGCCUGGGCCGUGCCCGUGGUGCUGGGCCCCAGCAGGAAGAGCUAUGAACAAUUCCUGCCUGCCGACGCCUUCAUCCACGUCGACGACUUCCGGAACCCCAGGGACCUGGCCCAGUAUCUGCUGUCCCUGGACAAGGACGACGCCCGCUACCUCGCCUACUUCCGCUGGCGGGAGACACUGCGGCCUCGAACCUUCAGCUGGUCCCUGAUGUUCUGCAAAGCCUGCUGGCGGCUGCAACAGGAGUCCGCCUACCAGACGGUGCCCAGCAUAGCCUCCUGGUUCACCUGACGGGCAGCUUGGGCCCGGGCUGCUCCGCACCACACCUGCUGGGCACCUCACCUGCCUGGGACUCAUCCGCUGCGGGAGGGGCGUCUUCACCUCCUGGGAAUGACACCUGCCAGGAAUCCCACCUACCUGGGACCUGGGGCGCUGGAGAGCUCACUGACCUGGGACUUCAGCUACCACACUCUGCGCCAGGAGAUGGGCUCCGGGGACCUUACCUGCUGGGGCCUCAGUCCUGGGAGUCUCAGCUGCUGGGGACUUUGGCUGUCGGUGACCACAUGGCUGGGGAUCGGCACCCAGACACCUAGCCUCACUGGGACUCACGUGCUAGGAGCCCCACCAGCUGCGGUGCCCCUGCUACAUACCU